AUGUUUGACCUUAUAAAGAACGUUAUUUAUUAUUUAUCCAACGAGCAAAAGCAAAAGUUCGAUCAAGAUGGUUAUCUUGUAAUACCAAACUUUUUUUCAUUGGAAACCGCGGAAAAGUUGAAAUUACGUGCUCAUCAAUUAUUGGGCGAACUUUCACUCGACGACCAUCCGAUGACAAUUUUCUCUGCUGAUGAAAAGGAAAAUAUAAAUUAUUUAUAUCUAAAUGAGCGAGAGAAGGCGGCAAGAUUAAUCUUAAAUAUCAUUGCAAAUGAAGAAGCAUUUGAUGAAUCUGGCAAAUUAAAAUUAGAAAAAUCCAAAGCAAUCAAUAAAAUUGGACAUGGUAUUGAAAAAAGAGCUUUGACUUGUCAUUAUCGAUGUGUUAUUGUUGAUUUAAUGGAGUUUUCACUAAAAAAUGAAUCGAUACACCAAAUUGCUAAAACCCUAGGAUUCAAAAAUCCUCAAAUUUUACAAUCCAUGUUGAUAUUUAAGCAACCUUAUAUCGGUGCUAGAGUGAGGCCACACCAAGAUUCCACGUUUCUUUACACUAAACCUUUGUCUGCCAUUGGAUUCUGGUUUGCUUUGGAAGAUUCUCAUCCAAUAGGAAGUAGAUUUGUUCGCGCAAAAAAAGCCGAUGGAAAACUCUCUACGGAGUUUAUACAAAUUGAUAAUGAAGUCUCAUAUGACGAGAGUCAAUUUGUGCUGGAGGAAUGUAAAGCAGGUACCUUGGUUCUUAUUCACGGAUCCGUUUUGCACAAAAGUGAAGCGAACCGAAGUGGACGUUCUCGUUUCAUUUACACUUUCCAUGUGAUAGAGGGAACUGCAGAAUAUGAUGAGCGAAAUUGGCUGCAGCCUACUAAAGAAAUUCCCUUUAAAAAUAAAGCAGAUUUUUCCAUCUUGACACAAAUUCCGAAUCUUCGUCAACUUGGGAACCAGAAGCUUGUAAAGUUCUUCGAACUAUGCAAAAGUUUUGAGAGGGUGUGUAUGAGUGAAAGAAGAAAUUAUCUAACAGACUUCAAAAUUAUCUGGUUCGAAUCUGACUAUCAAGAAGAAAAACAACAAGAGUUAGAAGUUUUACGUUCAAUAUAUCCAGACGAGUUAGAAGAAAUUUCAGCUGAUGAAUAUAAAAUCAAACUCGAACCUGAUGACCAAGAUACUCUGGCUCCAGUAACAAUAGCAUUACACAUAAAAUACACACACACAUAUCCUGAUGAAAUACCCGAGAUAUCAAUAGACACACUAGACGGUUCAUUAUCUCCCGAGGAUCAUGAUAAAUUAUUAGAUGGACUAUUGAACGCCGCGCAAGAAUCGUUAGGAAUGGUCAUGGAGGAACAAGCACGAUUCCAAGGUACAAAGGUAACAGUGGCGUCAUUUUUAGAAUGGCGAGAAAAAUUCAAUAAAGAAAAAGCUGAGAAAGAACGCAUUGAAAAAGGCACUGCCGCGUAUAAACGUGAUGAGGCAAAAAAACUGAAAGCAACUGGUCGACAACUAUUCGAGCAGGAUGCAACACUCGCCAAAUCCGAUGCCACGUUUAUGGAGGAAGGGGAUGUCACAGUGGAUACUAGUCUCUUUGAACAUGAGGAUCUUGGGAGUGAUGAAAGUUCUGGUGACGAGGAAGUGUUGAAUCUUAUACGGAUGGCAUCUUUGAAGACGAAAUUGCUUGGUUGGUUUGGGAAUUCGCUCGUUGAAUGA